UUUUUGCCGGUUUAUUUUUUUGGCUCUAACUCUCCCUCUCUCUCGUUCUGUUUCUCUCUAGGGUUUUGCACUCCAACGUUUAACAAAACAUGAAGAGGAAGCUCGAUACUCGUUUCCCAGCUGCUCGUAUAAAGAAGAUUAUGCAGGCUGAUGAAGAUGUUGGAAAAAUUGCCAUGGCUGUUCCUCUGCUUGUUUCUAAAGCAUUGGAAUUAUUUCUACAAGAUUUAUGUGAUCGAACAUAUGAAAUUACUUUGAUGAAGGGUGCUAAGACUAUGAAUUCUUCGCAUCUGAAGCAGUGUGUACAGGGUUUUAAUGUUUUUGAUUUUCUCAGAGAAAUCGUUGGUAAGGUGCCGGACCUAGGUGGUUUGGAUGCUGCUGGCGAGGAGUGUCAUGUUCCGAAAAAAAGGAAAGUAGAUGAUGAUGAUGAGUCAAAGAAGAGCAUAAUGCAUGAGACUUUCCAUGUUACUAGCUGUGGCAGAGGACGGGGUAGGGGCAGAGGAAGAGGAAGAGGGAAUCGAACAGCAGGGAGAGAGACUGCUGCACAUCGUGGAAAGUUUGAAGACGAUCCAGACAUUUCUUGUUUUGAAGAAGAGCAUACUUUAAGCUUGAGGCAGAGGCCUGCUGAUGUGGUGGGGUCUGAUGAGUUGAAGAAACACAAUCCAGCAAGCAAGAACAUUGAAGCUCCGGUUCUAAACAUUGACCUCAAUGCAGACUUAGACGAGAAUGGAGACUCUAUCAUAUCUGUUGCUUCUGCUAGUCCGAGAGCAGAUAGCAGACCUGAAAAUAAAGACGAAUACCCUGGUUGGUCACUUUCUGAAAUCGAGAAGAUGGCCAUCAAUCCUGUUCUAAUUGCUAAUUCGAACAGGGAAAUAGAUGAUGAAGACUACGAUGAAGAAGGAUAAGCGACUGAAUUUCUCCUUAAACGUUUUGUAUUAUCUGGUACAUGUGCAGUUCUACAUUAGAUGUUAAAGGAAAAAAGUGGUAGGAAGCUUAGAAAGAGAAGGAAACAUUGAAAGGUACAUUCUAGAUUAGUCUGAUACUUUAUCAUUUAUUUUUCAUGUCUCUAGGAAUUUGUGAAAUAGUUUUAACACCAUAUGAAACUGACGGUAGUUUCCAAUUCUUUGAGUUCUC